AAAACAAGUUUGAACUUGAGUCCACAAUCUUUCUUAAUGGUUUAAAAACCAUUUGUGUUGUUGUCUGUUAAAGCAGGGACUUGUCCUAAAGCUGGAUAAAUACAAACUGACACUGGCGCUACUUUAAACUACGACGGAGGGAAUUGUUUGGAAUCUUCGCCGAUAGCAGAUUAGCAUAUUAGACAAAACUGCAUUUUCUUCAUUGUUUACGUUGGUUCGUCAGCGAUGAAAAGUGUAUUGCAGCACUGUGACCCGGUCCUGCUGGACCAGGGUCUGUUGAAUUCAUGUGGAGACUCGCAGCAGCUGGAAUCGGCUGAGGCAGCACAAGUGGUGCUUCACCUGAUGGACAGUCGUCGUGUCCAGAAGGUGGUGUGGCGUCAGCUCUUUGUUCUGGACUCCAUCAUGUCUCUUUUAGAGGAAUUGAAGUCUUCACAGCAACUGGUGUCUCAGCCUUGUCCUCCUCUGCCUGGGUCCGGGGCUCGGUCCACCUGGAAGUCUCUGAAGGUCCAGUUCAUGUCCAGUGUGGAGGAGACAGAGACUCUGCUCCAACAAUUGCAAAACAAAGUCCAACAGACUGAGGACAGAAGACACAGAUUGAGACAACUGCUCUGCAGACUUGACGACAAGAAGGAACAGUGUGAACAGCUGAAGGCGGUGCUGCUCAAGUCCAAGAACGCACUGCAGGGCUGUGAGGAUCAGCUGAUCCAGUUAAGGGCCCAGUCAGAGGCAGUGCAGGAACGGCUGAAUGUGUGGCAGCAAGUCAAGGACUGUCUGCAGGUGCUGGUCUCGGCUCACCGUGAUGUCACACAGAUUACGUUGCUGUCGGUCGAGCAAUCCGAACUCUGCGUUGAACUCAGGCCACGCCCAUCCUCAAAGCUCUGGACUAAUCAACUGGAGCCGCUGAGGCUGAAGAUCAGCUGGAGUUCAGAUCAGCUGACGUUCAGCCUACAGGUGGAGGAAGGUCCAGCAGGUUUGCUUGAAGACAGUUUCAGGGGCAGAUAUUCAGAGUUGAGUGCCGCCCUGCUGGAGGUGAUGCAGUGUUACAUGGGUGAGGCUGAGCUGCUGUUGGAGGUCCAGAAGCUCCGUUCCAGCUUUGCUAUUGAUUGGCGUCCGUCUCAGCGCCUCCUGGUCUACCUUAAAUCAGCCACAGUAGUGUGCCACCUGCAGGUGGAAGAGGGAUAUCCGAGCAGUGGAGUAGUGCGUCUGCAGGGCAUCGUCAGAGAAGGACAGACCGUGGACAUCAGUGGACUGAAGUGUCAGUCUCUCUCCAGUCUCACAGAGUGGUUGCUGCUACUUCACGAUUUCCUCAAUUAAAUGUGUUGACAUGACAAAUGUUUUUCUUGAAUAAACCUUUUUUAUAGUUCUAUUUCUAA